AUGCUGGACGAAGGGCACAGUGCGAAGGAGGUCGCCAAGGCCAUUCAAGCAAAGCGCCUGGACCUCGCGCAAGCCCAUCCCCUCUCCCGGCCCGCUCACCGAGACCGCCGCUUCUUCGCCCGCCUGUUGGCCGAGCGGGCCGCCACCACCGACGCCACCACCGACCCCCUCGCCGCCGACACCACCGCCACCCCGGUCAGCGGCAUAUCGUGGCGCGUGCUGUCGUGCAUCCGCCUCAGCACCGGGAUGCCGCCUGAUGCGUACAUGUACGUUCAUGGCUUGGUGGCCUCACUCGCGCUCGACUUCAUGACGCCCGACCAGUUCGAGCGCACGCUGGAGCGCGACCCGGCGACGGCGGCCUACGUCGAGGGGUUCGCCCCGACCGACCCUGCGUCGAUGCCGCGCGAGACGCGCGCUACGCGUUGA